CCUCGCACGCUCGUCUGGUUCCCGCGCGCCCGUCGCCCUCCCGCGCUCAUUUUCGCACCUCUCUCCCGCGCGCCAAUCUUCAAUGCCGCACUUUGCCCGCGUCCAGAAAAGGGCCACGCCAAGCCUCAUCAGUGCCCCGGCAUUCUCUCGAGCCGCCCAGGAAGCCGCGCCUCCGCCCGCCAUCGAGGAUCCCCCGCCGUCGAGGAUCCCCUCCGUCCUCAUGUACAGGCCGCUGUGCCUGGCGACGACGGAUGGUCGGGCGGGGAUAUGGAAUCCUCCCUCAGCUGCUGUUCCAUUUGGUCAGAACGCGGAGGGAAGGUUCAAUCUGGAGGCCUAUCACUCCAAUGGAGAAUUUGAUCCCUCUGGUGUCGGAUUGAUGCGCCAUCGAGUGGUGGUAUGGGUUCAAGGUCUUACACUGAUCUCGUACUGAAUGGUAUCCAAGAAUCUCAAGAUGAUCCACUCCUCAAUCAAGCUCCUGCAACAGCCAAGAGUUCUCAGGGUAGAACCAAAAAUUUCAGUUCUAAGGAGGAUAUACUUCUUGUUUUAGCUUGGCUAAAUGUGGGCAUGGAUGCUAUAAGUGGAGUUGAUCAAUCACAGGGCACCUAUUGGAGAAGAAUACAUUAAUAUUUCCAUGCAAACAAAUCGUUCGAGUCAUCUCGUACCGAAGUUUCUCUAAUAAAUCGUUGGUCCACUAUACAACAUGAUGUGAAUCUGUUUUGUGGGUGUCUGACUAGGAUAGAGGACAGGAACCAUAGUGGUUCCAGAGUUGAUGACUAGGUAAACACAUUAUUUCAGAGGUGUCAUCAUUUGUCCCUAUUUAGCUUUUUCAUGUUAAUUUGGUUUUCAAUUGUACAAAUUGGAAAUGCAUGUUCACUGUACAAGGCCGAAGACAAGAAGAAUAAGAAGUUUACCUUGAUGCAUUGCUGGAACAUCCUGAAGGAUCAACCCAAGCGGAUAGAGAGGCGAAAGGAAAUUGGAUGUGCCAAAAAAAUGAGUAACAAGAAACAGAAGACAACAGCCAAUUCAAGUCCUCUUUCAGUGGAACCUGCUGCUCCUGUUGGUGGUGGUUCCGAUGCUCAACCAGCAGGAAGACCGGAUGGAAAGAAGAAGGAAAAACAAAAGCUACGCCAGGGUAGAACCAUCGAAGCAGUGGACUACCUAAUGGCAAAGAAGAAAGAAGCUGAUCUUGAGAAAGAGUUGAAGAAAGAAGAAAGGUGCAACAGAGCUUUUGCUCUACAGGAAGAAAGGAUCAAAUUGGAAAGGGUAAAGUUUGAGUUUAAGAGGGAGAUAAAAGAGGAAAAAAUUAUUGCUUUGGAUUUGAGCACAAUGACCUUCGAUGACCAGCAGUAUUAUGAAGAUCGUAAGAGAAAGAUUCGGGAAAGGUGUUUCAAUAUCUAGCUUUGUCUACUUUUAGUUCAAUCCAGUCAGUCAAUCUGUCUGUUCAGUUCAGUCGGUUCAUGAAACUGCUUCCAGUAUAGUUGUAGGCUCUUUUUUAUAUCCCCUGUGCAUCGCAUGACAUGCAGUAGGACAAUUUUUCCAACUCCAAUGCAUACAAUCUAUGGACCCAAGCA